AAUACGCAACUGGCCCACUACUGACCCCGUCGUCAUCCGAAGCCGCCGCGAACGAAGCAUCUUGAGGCGCGCACCUGCUGCCUCCUCCCUGACCUUCCUAUGGCGCCGCCGUUCGCCGUCGCCGCCGUUUCCUCCUCAUCCCCUCUCUUCUCCUCCUCAUCCCACCGCCGCCACCCGCCGCUGGGUUCUAUCUCCGUGCGGCCACGGCACCGCACGGCUGUGGCCUCCGCCGCGGCGACCGAGUCCGCUGGGAAGGUCCUUCUCGAGGUGCACGGGCUUACCGCCUCCGUCAAGGAGACUGGGCAGCAGAUCCUAAAAGGCGUCGACCUCACCGUUCGCGAGGGCGAGGUUCAUGCGAUCAUGGGGAAGAACGGCUCCGGCAAGAGCACCCUCACAAAGGUUCUUGUUGGCCAUCCACAUUACGAGGUAACUGGUGGUACCAUUCUCUUCAAGGGUGAGAACUUGAUUGACAUGGAGCCAGAGGAAAGAUCUCUUGCAGGCCUCUUUAUGAGCUUCCAAGCGCCUAUUGAGAUUCCUGGAGUGAGCAAUUAUGAUUUUCUGCUCAUGGCAAUAAAUGCUCGCAGAGAGAAGGACGGUCUCCCAGCUUUGGGACCUCUUGAGUUCUAUUCAGUUGUAUCACAAAAAGUCGAGGCCUUAAAGAUGGAACCAAAGAUCCUUGAUCGUAAUGUAAACGAAGGAUUUAGUGGUGGAGAAAGAAAGCGCAAUGAGAUACUGCAACUUUCUGUCCUUGGGGCUGAUUUAGCCCUCCUCGACGAAAUCGAUUCAGGAUUAGAUGUUGAUGCACUUGAAGAUGUAGCUCAUGCAGUGAAUGGGCUUUUGACUCCCCAAAACUCUGUUUUGAUGAUUACACAUUACCAACGUCUUUUGGAUCUUAUUAAGCCAAGCUAUGUUCACAUCAUGGAAAGCGGCAAGAUAGUGAAGACAGGUGACAGCUCUCUAGCCAGCCACAUCAACGAGGGUGGCUACAAAUCAAUCGCUUCUUUUGUAUAGCAUGAAUAAGGUCAAAUGCUUGAAUGUCUAUUUGUCUGGAUGGCAUGGAGCCUAGAAGUGGCAUGGAGCCUGGACGCUGCUCCUAGUGAAACUGGCAUGGAGCCUGGAAGUAAACCGUGCUAACUUAAAGUGAAAUUGUAGAGCUAGUGCCCAUUUGGCCAGGCAUAUUCGUCCUUUUGGAGGUGAAACACUGGAGUUCUGAAUUGCCCUCGUCCAUAUUUCUUGUUCUCGUCCUGUAAGAUUUGUUGGAUUCCAAUAUUAAUACACUAUACAUGUAGUUAUUUGUUGGAUUUCUCUACAAUUGUAAACAGUUUUAAAUAUCACUUUUAAUGCCUCUGGUAUCUGGUCAA